AUGUCGAAGAUGCUUAAAGCGAUGGACCCGCUAGCGGGGUUGGAGGAGAGCGAGAGCGAGGAGGACGAAGAGGAUGAUGAGGAAGCGGCGGAUGAGGAGGAGGAGGAGGAUGAUGAGAAGGAGGAGAAGGCGGAGAAGGCGGAGGAGGAGGAAGGAGAGGAGAAGAAGGCUACGAGCGGAGACGGGGAGGCAACGGGACAGCGCAAGGGCGGAGGUAGGAUCGCGUGGUGGCAAGUGGCGGUGGCGUGA